GGUUAAAUCACAUAUACCUUAAAGGCCGCUUUUUUAGUGAAUUAAAUGGAAUAAACUAAUUGUUUCUUUAAUUUCUUUUUGGUAAAAAUAUAAGUCAAGCGAUGUUACUGCAUAAAUAUGCCAAAUCUUCCAACUGAAAUAUGGUUUCGCAUUUUCGAAAAUUUGGUAAGCUGGAAUCCAUAUGAAGCAAAGAAUAACGGUGCAUUAUUGAGAAUUUGCCGGAAUGCCUUCUCUGGCGGUUUGCCUGUUAUUUAUUUUUUUCCCAAAUUGAACGCAAAGAACUAUGCAAAGUUCUUCAAUACCAUCAGCGAAACAGACUUUGGAAAACUGGUCCAUCACAUAAAUCUAACAAACAUCUCUUAUACAUCGAAAGCUUCAAUAACCUCCCGACUUUUGCGAAGAUGCGCGCAAAACCUAGAGAGCUUUUCAGGUCCACAAACAGGUCUUGGAUUUACGGCUCUUCGAGCUUUAUCCAACUGCAGUCAUCUAAAAAAGAUCGAUCUAUCUGUUCUUUCAGAGCGCAUAGACUUACAGUAUCUCUUUGCAGGCAUCCAAAAUCUCCAGUAUUUAGAAUACAUUGACUUCCCUGCUCUCUCAAAGUUCUCUCCCGGACAUAAUGAGUCUUGGCCGCCUUCGCUUGUUCAUAUUGGUUUUGCAGGUGCUAUUACAGAUGGAUUUAUUGCAGAAUCUUCUUUUCCACCUUCACUGAAAAGCGUGAAUAUAACAAAUUGCCCUCAGUUAACAGACACAGGUCUCUUUACCUUGCUAUCCAAAGUAGGUACAACCGUUACAUCUGUGACUGUACAAUAUCCUAUGGCUGAACUUUCUCGUAAUGCUCUCGAUUGCAUCUUCCAGUUAUGCCCUUAUGCUGGCAUUAUAAGCAUACCCGCGAAUUACAUUACUUCUAAUUUGUUUGAGAGCUUAUCCGAAUCUGGAGUAAGCCACAAGGUGGAACAUUUAGAAAUUAGUUAUUCUGGAAGCUUACUAACCGCCGUCAGUUUAGUAAAAGCUGAUGACAUUGUUUCUGCAUUGGCUGACGGGAAGCUGCCGCAACUUCGAAGAUUACAGUAUUCUAUUCGGCUUGGGUGGAAGGAAGAGUCUGAAGAUGUCCAAGAUUUGGUUGAUUUAAUUGAUGAUCAGGGAGGUGAGGUUUUCGUAAGCGUAAAAUAGUUACUUUUGAUAGAUAUGAGUACUUUUUGGUCCCUUCAAUGGGCAAUACAAACAAUUUUCUACAAUGAAGUCUUGUACUUAUGUGCCUUAAUUAAGUGUAACUUUCUGUUAUCUUGAU